CAAACAAUAGACACGAAAGAGGGUGAACCUGAGCACCAGUUAACCGAGUACGAUCAUGAUAUGGUGCCCUCGAUUGCUGCAAUAGAAUCAACCCAGCUCGUUUGGGACCGUGUCAGCUCUGUGAUUAACCAGGAGAGCGUCGCCAAUAUACAGGACGACAAUACUAGCUAUGCUGGAAGCAGAGAACAAGUUGCAGUAAAAGAGGAGGAAAGUAAUGCAUCUUUAGAUACAUCUAAAUCUGAGCAUCAGCGACAGCUAGAAGCGGAUAUUGUGACUAGUGAGAAGCAACAAGACGUGGGGACUGAAGACACGAUUAGUUCAAAAACUCCGGACAGCACAAGUGAUUUCGCCCCCAGAGGAGAGCAAGAAGACCAGGAGUCUGUGGAAGAGUAUGUAACGAUUUAUGAUGGCCCGAACAAGGAGCAACUGUUAAAUGACUCUCCUCUGGGUGCAGAGCUCGAAGCCGCAACUAAAACACACACAGCUACUUUCAAGACGAAGGAAAUACCUGGCCGUUUAACCAACUACUUAGAAGAGCAAAGAGUUAUGAACGAAGAGAAGAAGAAGAGUCAAUAUUCUCCCUUUAUUAUGGAUUCUCCGCAAAUGCAACAUCCUAUAGAAGAGAUCCAGGAAGAAGUGAAACCACGGCAUAUCCUGCAUGAAGAUGUACCUGUAACAAAAACUGUGGAAUCUCUUUCUCAAAUUUCUGACCCCGAAACGAAUCAAGAUGGAGGUGAGGAAGAGGAGGGGGUGCCUUAUAUAUCUUACAAUGCUCCGGAGGCGGUCCAGAAGAAGCUGGUGCAGCAGGCCGUGGUGGACACGCCGGUGCUGCCGGGAACUAAUCUGCGGGUCACAACGCACAGUAAAAUGGAGGCGCUGCGGAAGGAGUUGGAGGAAUUGGAGGCAUUUGAUGACGACGAAGACACUUGCAUGUACGACGAACAGUCGAUGUCGCUAAAGCGACCGAUGACGAGGGGGGCGGCGGCCGCCCGCACGUACGUGAUGCCCGACCCCGUGCGCGCACGCAUCGACGUCGACGCCCUCAUCUACCACGUGCCCAGGUCCCCCGAGGCGCCACGCCGCUUCAGCGACAAGGUCUUCUUCAGGUUCAAGUGAAAUCUGCUGUCAGACUUCGAGCUAUUUAGACCGAGUGAGGAAGCCACAGCUUUUCAGGUGUAAGGAUUCAACGAAAAUAAAUUUCUUUACUCGCCUUAAGAGAGG